AUGCAAGUGAACAGCCAAGACGGUCCGGUCAGAACCAACAACAAGAAGAAGAAGAAGAGAGAAUGGUUAGAAUUAAGCCUUCGUAGAACAUCCAACAGCAAGGAAUCCAAGGAUAACCGUCAAACCGAACCCACAUUUCGUAAGAUCUUUACUUGCGACUUCUGCGCCAGAAAAUUCUAUAAUUCACAAGCAUUGGGUGGUCAUCAAAAUGCUCACAAGAAAGCAAGAGGAAUAGCUAUAAGGUAUGUAUCUCCAAGAACACUUGGUGUUGGUAUUCACUCAAUGGUCGUGCAAAACCCUAAGAUAAUAGAAGGAACUACUGUUGAGCAUUUUUCCGAUAUGGAAGCCUCGUGUAGUGCAACUACACAGUUGCACUCGACAACAACACAUGGUGAUAUGAUAUGGCCUGGAAGUUUUCAUGUUGAUCGUCAUCAUCCCAAUCAAGUAGUUCUCUCAGAUGGUCAAUCAUUAUCAUCAACCGAUGUUCAUCCACUUAAUUUGAAUCUUAGUCCUUGA